GGUCAUAUUGAAUGGCGGUGCAGGCUCAAUGGGCCUACUCCUGCACCGAUUGUCAAGUCCUCCUUUAGCGCAGACGUGAUAUCAUCCCUGACUUCUCCUCCCCCCCCCCUCCUUUGACUUCCCUCCCUGUCCUAUCUGAAGCAUCUAUAUCCUGGAACAUUCAGUUGCCAAACACGCCCUUCCUUCAAACAUAUCAGCGAUCACAAUAUCAUCAUACUCCCAGGCACCGCUGUGUUUAUCUACCUUACCCACUGUACUCUGCAUUUCCAACCGCCAUUUCCUUUGCGUUCAUCUGCUCUCUGCCUACUCCUCCCCUUGGCGACGCGAACUCGGUUAUCCUUACUGACUUCACCGUCCAGUAGUAUUCCCGUCUCGUUCCCCUGCCACAUUAUGUGAGGUGAACUGGAUUGAGUUUAUCGUCAUGUGUAACGUCUUGCCAGCGAAACAGGCCGGUCACAGACUGACGCGGCGUAGAUAAGCGAAUAAUAGAAUGGACGCCAGCGAGUACCUGUCCCGUAUUGGCUACGGGGGAGCGACCGAGCCAUCACUGGAGAAUCUCAAGGCUAUCCACCGGCAGCACCUCCUGGCAGUGCCCUUUGGCAGCCUGGCCAUCCACUGCGGGGAGCGCAUUGAGUUGAUUCUGCCCGCGGUGUACCAGAAAGUGGUGAUCCAGAAGCGGGGUGGCUUCUGUUACGAGCUGAAUGGCCUCUUCUCCUGGCUCCUGCAAGCCCUGGGCUACCAGGUCCAGCUGGUGUCCGGCCGGGUCCGCAACUCCGUCACCCAGUGCCUGGGCCCACCCAAAGACCACCUCCUCCUGCUGGUGACGGUCGGUGAGGGCGGGCACCGUGGCUGGCUCUGCGACGUGGGGUUCGGGAACUCCUUUCGCUGGCCCCUGCCCCUGGAGGACGGCCACCUGGAACGCCAGGAGAACGGGCUGUUCCACCUCCAGCUGGCGAGGGGCGGGGGGGACUGGCGGCUGCGGCGCUACCCGCUCUCCAGCCCAGGGCCGACAGACCAACCGGACGCCACCCUCUACACCUUCAGCACAGAGCUCCGGGCCUGGGGUGACUUCAGGGCCAUGUGCCAUUACCACCAAACCUCCGCCAGCUCCAUCUUCGCCCGCAAGUCCUUCUGCUGCCUCCACCUGCCCGGUGGGCUGAUCACCUACAUGGGGCGGCGCCUCAUCGAGACAGAGUUCAGUGCCGACGGUGACCGCAAGGCCACGAGGGAGCUGACGGACGAGGAGAUACCCUGGGUCCUCAAGGAGAGGUUCGGCAUUGUCCUCACAAACAGGCUGGUCCCCAAGGACGAAGACAUACUACCCCCGCAGGAAUACCCCUGAGCCGGAACUCGGAUGGGGGGGGGGGGGGGGGAGGGAGAUGGGCAGUUACGGCACCCUCUCCUCCCAUACCCGGCAGGUCCCUUCUCCAUCACCCGCGGACAGAGGAUUCAAAUAAAUGUGCGUGGACGGCGCUUGAUGAA